GAUAUCAAUUUACCGUAAACGAAAGAGAAGUGCGCCGACCCGGAAGAGGAAGUUGGAGCGGGGCGGGAGUAACUCGGAAGGCCGGCAGUGAGGGGCCCGGCGGGUACAGUAACUCCGAAGGCUGGCAGUGAAGGGCCCCGGGCAAAUCGUAGCCAUGGCGGUGGCCGUGGCCACGGCGGGAGCCGUACCCGGAACAGAGCUGGGCCCCGCGGAAGAACUAGCCAAACUCGAGUAUCUGUCUUUAGUGUCGAAGGUUUGCACUGAGCUGGACAAUCACUUGGGGAUCAACGACAAGGAUCUGGCUGAAUUUGUGAUCAGUCUUGCUGAGAAAAAUACCACCUUUGAUACUUUUAAGGCUUCACUGGUCAAAAAUGGUGCAGAAUUCACGGAUUCUCUUAUUAGUAACUUGCUGCGUCUCAUACAAACCAUGCGGCCUCCAGCGAAGCCUUCCACAAGCAAAGAUCCAGUUGUUAAACCCAAAACUGAAAAAGAAAAGCUGAAGGAACUCUUUCCAGUCCUUUGCCAACCAGACAACCCUUCUGUUCGGACCAUGCUGGAUGAGGAUGAUGUGAAAGUCGCUGUGGAUGUCCUGAAAGAACUGGAAGCCUUGAUGCCCAGCGCAGCAGGCCAGGAGAAGCACAGAGAUGCUGAGCACCGGGACAAGACGAAGAAGAAGAAGCGGAGCCGAGAGCGAGACCGCGAGCGAGACCGAGACCGCAAUAGAGACCACAAGCGGAGGCACCGGUCCCGCUCUCGAUCACGUUCCCGGACCCGGGAGAGGAAUAAGGGGAAGUCUAGAUAUCGGUCCAGGAGCAGAAGUCAGAGUCCCCCCAGAGACCGGAAAGACCGAGACAAGUAUGGGGAGAGGAAUCUGGACAGGUGGCGGGAUAAGCAUGUGGACCGCCCUCCCCCAGAAGAGCCCGCCAUCGGGGACGUUUACAACGGCAAGGUUACCAGCAUCAUGCAGUUUGGAUGCUUUGUGCAGCUGGAGGGACUAAGGAAGCGGUGGGAAGGCCUGGUGCACAUCUCUGAGCUCCGCCGGGAAGGCCGUGUGGCCAAUGUGGCUGAUGUGGUGAGCAAAGGCCAGAGGGUCAAGGUCAAAGUGCUGUCCUUCACUGGGACCAAGACCAGCUUGAGCAUGAAGGAUGUGGAUCAAGAGACUGGAGAAGAUCUAAACCCAAAUCGACGGCGGAAUCUUGUUGGGGAGACCAACGAGGAGACCUCUAUGAGGAAUCCGGAUAGACCCACCCACCUCUCCCUCGUCAGUGCCCCUGAAGUAGAGGACGACUCGCUGGAGCGCAAGCGCCUUACCCGCAUUUCUGACCCGGAGAAGUGGGAGAUCAAGCAGAUGAUUGCUGCCAAUGUCCUUUCCAAAGAAGAGUUUCCAGACUUUGAUGAAGAGACUGGCAUUCUCCCUAAAGUGGAUGAUGAAGAAGAUGAGGACCUUGAGAUUGAACUGGUUGAGGAAGAGCCUCCAUUCCUGAGAGGGCACACCAAGCAAAGCAUGGACAUGAGCCCUAUCAAAAUUGUUAAGAACCCAGAUGGUUCCCUCUCCCAAGCAGCAAUGAUGCAGAGUGCCCUCGCCAAAGAAAGGCGGGAACUCAAGCAGGCCCAGCGGGAAGCAGAGAUGGAUUCUAUUCCCAUGGGACUCAACAAACAUUGGGUUGAUCCUCUGCCUGAUGCGGAAGGCAGGCAGAUUGCUGCCAACAUGAGGGGUAUUGGGAUGAUGCCCAAUGACAUUCCCGAGUGGAAGAAGCAUGCCUUUGGGGGCAACAAAGCUUCUUAUGGAAAAAAGACCCAGAUGUCAAUCAUUGAACAGAGAGAGAGCCUGCCCAUCUACAAACUGAAGGAGCAGCUGGUCCAGGCUGUCCAUGACAAUCAGAUCCUGAUUGUCAUCGGAGAGACAGGAUCUGGGAAGACAACGCAGAUCACCCAGUACCUGGCAGAGGCGGGCUACACUUCCAGGGGCAAGAUUGGCUGUACCCAGCCCAGAAGAGUUGCGGCCAUGUCAGUGGCCAAAAGAGUGUCAGAGGAGUUUGGUUGUUGCUUAGGCCAAGAGGUGGGCUACACCAUUCGAUUUGAGGACUGCACCAGCCCUGAAACAGUUAUCAAGUACAUGACGGAUGGGAUGUUGCUCCGAGAGUGCCUGAUUGACCCCGACCUCACUCAAUAUGCGAUCAUCAUGUUGGACGAGGCGCAUGAGAGAACAAUUCACACUGAUGUGCUCUUUGGAUUGUUGAAAAAGACGGUUCAGAAACGGCAGGACAUGAAGCUGAUUGUCACCUCAGCCACCUUGGAUGCAGUGAAGUUUUCUCAGUACUUCUAUGAAGCUCCCAUCUUCACCAUCCCAGGUCGAACAUACCCAGUAGAAAUAUUGUAUACAAAGGAACCUGAAACCGAUUAUCUGGAUGCCAGCUUGAUCACUGUCAUGCAGAUCCAUUUAACAGAACCACCAGGUGAUAUCCUGGUCUUCCUGACUGGUCAGGAAGAGAUUGAUACUGCUUGUGAGAUCCUGUAUGAAAGAAUGAAAUCCCUGGGACCCGAUGUUCCAGAGUUGAUUAUCCUUCCAGUGUACUCUGCUCUUCCCAGUGAGAUGCAGACCCGAAUCUUUGACCCAGCUCCACCUGGCAGCAGAAAGGUCGUGAUUGCCACCAACAUUGCGGAGACAUCACUGACUAUUGACGGCAUUUACUAUGUGGUGGACCCUGGAUUCGUGAAGCAGAAAGUUUACAAUUCUAAGACAGGGAUCGACCAGCUCGUGGUAACUCCUAUUUCUCAGGUAUGGCAGCUUCUACUGGCAGCUUUUCUGAAAAUCCUGGUUAGGGCUUUUCUGAAAUUUUUUUUAUGGUUUUGUAUUUUGAAUUUUAUUGUUUUAAGAUGCUGGCUGCUUUCUUGAGAUAAGGGAGAUUUUG